ACAUGUUUCCAAUGAAUAGGAGCACACCGUCUUUCAUUACUUUUUCAGUCUGUCCUCUCACUCAACAGAGGCAACAUGUGGCUACGGGUCGUCCUGCUGCUCGCUCUGCUCGCUCUGACUUUUGCUGCAGAUACUUCAGAUUCCUGUGAGGGUCGCUGCAACGUCUAUAGCCGCGAUCAGACGUGCCAGUGUGAAAAGACGUGCAAGCAUUACAAGAACUGCUGCCCUGACUAUGAGGACGUCUGUGGCAAGCCGACUCGCGGAGACACCUUUGCUUUUGCUGAGGAUGAUGAUGGUGAUGGUGAGCUGUUUGAAGGCCCCACUCCAUCACCUGGACGUUCAGCACACAGCCAGUCGUUCACCGGUAGCAAUCGUCUGCUGAGGCCAACACAGCGGCCCUUCUCAGACUUUAGUCGCAGACCACAGCAACAUCCACAAACCACACUACGAAUGACCAGACCCCCUCGACUGAUGGAAACCGAAGCUCAGGAAGCCCCCGUUCCACCUGCACAGAUGUUCCCCAGUACAACUAAACCCCCUCAGGGUGCUGCAGCAGCUGAGACGACCACUGUUAACGCCACAACGGCUGCCCCAACUGAAGCACCCGACCCAGACGCUGUGGCCUGCAGUGGGAGACCUUUUGACUCCUUCAUGCAAGUAAAGAAUGGCUCCAUAUUCGCCUUCAGAGGGGAGUACUUUUUUGAACUGGACCAGAAGGCAGUGCUUCCUGGUUAUCCAAAGCUCAUAAAGGACGUGUGGGGCAUUAGCGGGCCUAUUGAUGCUGCCUUCACCCGCGUCAACUGUCAAGGGAAGACUUAUAUCUUCAAGGGCCACCAGUACUGGAGGUUUGAUAACGGCGUGCUGGAUGAGGACUACCCUCGAGACAUCAGCGUGGGCUUUGACACAAUUCCUGAUCAUAUGGAUGCAGCGUUCGCUCUGCCUGCUCCUGAUUACAAUGGAAGAGAGAGGGUCUAUUUUUUUAAAGCGGAUCAGUAUCACAUGUACGAGUUUAUGCACCAGCCGUCCCAUAAGGAGUGCAUCACCAUGUCUGAGAGGUCUCCGUCCACACUGUUCAGCCGCUACAUGGACGUAUACAACAACUAUGACCGUGUCAUGAGCGAGCUCUUCUCUGGCUUUGGCAUGCCUCAGCAUCAUGACAAGCACCACUUCAUUGACAAGGACUGGAAGGGCCUCAUGGCUCCAGUGGAUGCUGCCAUGGCUGGCAGAAUCUACGUCCCUGCCUGGAGGCCCACACAACGUCGCAACGACAGGAACCAGCAGUACCAGCAGUACGGACAGCAGCAGAACCAGCAGUACCAGCAGUACGGACAGCAGCAGAACCAGCAGUACCAGCAGUUGGAACAGCAGUACCAACAGUACGCACAGCAGCAGAACCAGCAGUACCAGCAGUACGCACAGCAGUUGGAACAGCAGUACCAGCAGUACGGACAGCAGCAGAACCAGCAGUACCAGCAGUACGGGCAGCAGUACGGGCAGCAGUACGGGCAGCAGUGGGGUCGUAGGAGGCAGAGCCGCUCACCCUUCUGGGAGUCCAUGGCCAAUCGGGGGAUGAACAUGGGCCAGGGCUUUGCAGAGAGGGGGAUGGAAAUGGGUCUGAGGUUGGCCGAGAAGAGGAUGGAGAUGGAGGAGAGACUCGGACGGGACGGGGACAGACGCCGGGAUCAAGACUGGGACCAGGACAGACGGAGAGAUGGCUACCGCCAGAACAACAGAGGCAACUAUGACUCCAGAGGCGACAGGAGGUACUGGGAGUCCAUCCAGGGAAGUCAGCCCAUACAGGCCGUCUACUUCUUCAAAGGAGACAAAUACUACAGGGUGAACCUCAAGACCAAGAGAGUUGACUUCGCCACGCCUCCAUAUCCCAGAUCCAUCGCCAAGUACUGGCUCGGCUGUUCAGACACCACUGGAGCAGAAAAGUAGUUUAAUAGAGCCUUGCAGGGAUGAUGUAUUUUUGUUGGCCAAACAGGAAGUUAGCAUCGCCCUGGUUCCCUCGACAAAAAGCCAGUGGUCGUCAACUUUGGCAAACAUUGGAGAUCAAUGAAAGUCUGCUGCUCUCCACAGUAGUUGGCCAAACAUUGUCAAAGUUCAACUAGUUGAUUAAGAAUAUCUCUUAUCUGUUCUCAACAUCAGCUGACCUACUUAAUUAAACACAACUAUAGUGAAAAUAAGCUCAAUUAAAGAGAUUGUAAAGUGAAUUUUUGGCCAUGGUUUGAUUAAUAACAUAUAUUAUUAUUAGAAAUCAUUUGCUACAGUUGUCAGGUUUUAUGUUUUACAGAUAUGCAGCUUCUCAUUUCUAAGUUUUCAUUGUCAUCAUAAUAAUGAAGGAGUUUGUUACAUUGCAUUCAUUCAGUGAUGUUUUCUAAAUCAUGUAUCUACUAAAAAACGUUUAUUAUCUCCUUAUUAAUCAUACAAGCAUAUAUACAGUGACUAACAAAAUAUAACACAGGGUUGAUUGAAGACUUUUCAUCCACCAAGAGGUCAUUAAAAAUUGCCACAUGGUCCUAAAUCCCUAAAUUGCAAUAAUGGGGGUUUUACCCAACAGCAGCAUCACGUGACGGUCACAGCAGAGAGAGCAGUGACAGGUGGGACUUUUACUGGAGGUCGUAGACGUGAAAACAUUCUUCUGACAUCUACUGACUGGUAUAAGAAAGCAAAAUAUAAUACUACACUAUAAUACACUAACAAAGAAACCUUGUGGAAUUUUAGUGGUUUUUAACAGAUGUUUAAAUGAUGUACUGAGUGAGUCACAUUUGAUUGAACCUGUAACAGUCUGUUCUUGUAUUUUCAUCAAUGACCAAUAAAAACAUCAGUCAUCAAGAACACA